CCGGCAGCCGCGUUGUGAGCAGCGCCCCGGGGACCCCCGGUCCGGUCCGCCCGGCCCCAUGGCGCGGGAGCGCGGCGGGCCCCUCCUGGCCCAGCUGGCCCGGCUCGCCCGGCUCCUGGAGCUGAGCUGCGACGUGGAGGAAGACUGCAGCCGCGUCGCCCGCGGGUUCGAGUCCUGCCGCCAGAGGUGCUGCCGCCUGGGACUGGACCUGGGCCGGGCCCGCGAGCAGCUGCUGGCGGCGGAGAGCGAGUGCUCGGCGCUGCGGGUGAAGCUGAAACACGCGCGCAACCAGGUGGAGGUGGAGAUGGGGAAGCGGCACCGGGCGGAGGCGGAGCUGGAGAAGCAGGAACGGAAGCUGCAGCUGAUCUGUGACUUCCUGAUGCAGGAAUCCCCCAGCGCCGCCCUGAGCGAGGGGCAGCGCUCGGCCCUGGCCCUGCUGGAGGGGCCCCGGCUGGGCACGGCCCUGGCGCCAGGGAGCAGGCUGUCCGCAGUGAACGAGUCGCGCACCUCGCUCACGUCCCAUUCCGACAUCAGCUACGACCGCACCGAGGACGACGUGGACUUGGACGUGACGGUGGUGAAACCCCUGAAGCGCAAGUCCCAGGAGCGCCCGCGCUCGUCUCUGGCCCCCCUGAUCGGCCCCGUGGUCCCCGCAAAGCGCUCGCGCCACCGGGUGCUGCCAGCCGCCAGCGCGAGUGAGGCCCCGGGGACCCUCCCAGCGGGGGCCGUUGCUGAAGACCGAGGCCGGGACCGGAGCCUGCUGCCCGCGGCCGUGGUGCCAGUGCUGGGCCGACGCUCGCGCCAGGGCCGACGCCUCUCCACGCUCACAGAGCUGACCACGGUGUGGGGGAGCAGUGAGGACUCGGACACCCGCCCGGAGAGUGGGGCAGGGCUGGAGCCCAGGGGGCUGGACCCCUUCCUCUCCCCCCCACAGGAGGUGCCGCCGCCCCAGCACCUCUUCACUUCCAAAACGGUGAUCCGCCCCGAGUCCUGCUCCGUCUGCGGCUCCCGCGCCCGCUUCGGGCGGGUGGUGCUGCGGUGCCGGCAGUGCCACCUGCUGCUGCACCCCGAGUGCCGCGGGCGCUGCCCCGGCCUCUGCACCCCUGGCCCCCGGCCCCGGCCCCGGGAGGGCGUCCUGGCCGACUUCGCGCCCCCCACGGCCCCCCUGGUGCCCGCCCUGGUGGUGCAGUGCGUCAGCGAGGUGGAGCGCAGGGGCCUGACGGAGACAGGGCUGUACCGGGUGCCCGGCGCGGAGCCGCUGGUGCGGGAGUGGAAGCAGAAGCUGCUGCGGGCCAAGGGGGCGCUGCCCUCGCUGGGCCGCGUGGGCGACGUGCACGUGGUCUGUGGGGUGCUCAAGGACUUCCUGAGGGGCCUCAAGGAGCCGCUGGUCACCUUCCACCUGCACCCCGUCUUCCUGCGGGCCGCCGACAUCCCGGACGAGGCCGCCUGCCAGGCAGCCCUGUGCCACGUGGUGAGCAAACUGCCCCCCGCCAACCGGGAGACGCUGGCCUUCCUCAUGCUGCACCUGCUGAGGGUCGCUCAGAGCCCUGAGUGCAGGAUGGACGAGCUGAACCUGGCCCGCAUCUUCGGGCCCACGCUGGUGGGGCACAGCACGAGCAGCCCCACACCCCUGGCCAUUCUGGAGGACACGCCACAGCAGUGCAAGGUGAUGGCUCGUCUCCUGUCGCUGCCCCCCGAGUUCUGGAGGCGCUUUGUGGGGAUGGAGCUGGAGAAUCUGGUGCCCGCGGCCACGAGCGACCCCCUGGCGCUGGACAAACGGGAGCGGCUCUUCCGCCCCCUCUCGUCCCCCGAGGUGAACUCGACUCAGCUGAGCCCGACCGGCUGCUGCCUCCCUGACCCACGGCGGAGCUGCGUGGGCACCGCGGGCACGGGCCUGCAGGUGCUGGGCUCCAGGAAGACGGGCCGGUUCUUCCCCUCCCUGCUGUAGGCCCUGGACGGCUCCCCCCACGGCUCCGAGGGGGAGGGGACGGGCAGCCGGGGGGCAGGGACAGUGUCUGAGCCUGGGGUGGGACCGGGGGGCAGGCGCCAGCGCUCGCUGCACGGGGUGCUGGAGGGAACAUGCACCAGAGCUGUGGGUCCCUGCCCCAGGGCGGGGUGGCUGGGCUGAGCUGGGGGUCUGGCUCCCCCACUCCUGCUGUCCUGAGGAGCAGCGUGAUGAGGGGGCAGCC